GGGCAUGGGCUGGCCCACCUCCCAGAACGUUCCCUGGGGGUGGGGGGUGGUCGGUGGGUUGGCACUUCCGGCGGGGGCGUCUCUGGGCCCGCUGGUGUGUGGCUCCCGGUGUUGUCUGCCUUUAUGGGGUGUGAUCUCUCGCUGGUCUCAGGGGUUGGCUGUCCUCCAACCCGCCGGCGCCCUUUUUCUGUUUGGGAUUGCCUCUCUGCGGCCCCUUGCUGGUCUUCCCGGGGGGGAGGGCUCUUUGGGGUGGCUCUUGGGGGCUGAUCUUUGUGCUGCCUGCCCCUGUGGGCCCGGUGGCUUUCUGGCGGUGGGGGCUCAGCCUGGCUAUUUGGGGCGGGGCUUUCUGGGUGAUGGAGGGGGCCCCUCUCCUUUCAUGCAUUCUCAGUGACAAUUACACGCUCACCCACUCGUGCACCUUUUAUAUACAUAAGACUUGCACACAUACAGAGAUACCUGCACACACGUACAUAUGUACAUAUGCUGAUGUAGUCCUGUUUGUUUCUGUUGUUAUUGUUGUCACAAUUGUUGUUGCUGCUGUUGUCCUUGUCUCUGUCUCUUUUUUUUUUGUCGUCCUCUUGUCCCCGCACCCCCCCACACCCCCGUUUUCUUUUCUCUUCUUCUCUGUCCCCUCCUGCUCCAAAUUUGCAUAAUAACAUGCAUCCAAGUCAAAUAAAUUCUGUAUAACAGGGGAAGUGUAUCUCACACUUUUCCCUGGCAGAGUAAAUCUGUUGAGUACGUGAGAGCAUUUAGAUCUACAAUUCUAUCUGCCUUAAAGGCUGGACAGGACAGGGGAAUAAUAAAAAAAAAAGCUUUAAAAACUGCACCGUGCCUGUGAGCAAAUCAAACGCUCCUUUUUCUCCUGCCUGUGACAUUAACCUGUCAUAAUUUCCCCUGGAAGCAAACGUUCACUUUCCGAGGGACACAUUUUGCAUGCUAGUCGUACCAACUGCCCCGCCAUGAGGGUGUUGGGGGGGGGGGAAACCCAUCGAGCACACACCAAACCAUAUCAGCCACCUGAAAUGCCAGCGCCGCGAAAAGUUGGAAAAAAGGUUUGCCAGAGACCUCCGUGGCGUCACACCGGCCGCUUGGAGCGUGUGCCCGAAUACAGUGCACCUUGCUGGGCCACAGCAGGUAGCUCCUCCCCCUCUAUACUCUGGGUCUCCUGAUAGUAGUGAUGUCAUGGUGCUUCAUUAGGACACAACAAAUCCUCAUUUGUUCCAGUCCCUCUUACCUCCAGGUGUGCACUAACUACACUUCCAUCUAUGUUUAAAAAAAGCAAAUAUAAAAAAGUGAUGGGUUAUUGAUGCCAUAUCGGUCUUGAGAAACAUCUCAUCCCACGAUGCCAUAUCGGUCUUGAGAAACGUCUCAUCCCACAAGUUAUGUUAGGUAUUGGUUUGGAAAGAAAAGAUAUGGUGCAUCUCUGGUGAAAGUGAGUGUUUGGCUACCAGGAUCAGGACUGCACCACCAUCCUGCACAACAUGCCGUCAGAACACAGCGACUCCUAUUACUUCAGGCUGGACUGCGACAACGCGCUCAAGUUCAACUUUGGCAGCAGGGUGGUUUUAUACAUCCAAGACUCUCCCCUCAAGCCCGCCGUCAAAGCAGACCGCACGGAGGUGGAGGAAGGCGACACGCUGACGCUGGAGUGCUCGGCUCCAGCUCCCUGUCCCACGCUGCCACCCGUCCUGACGUGGGUGCCGGUGCUGGGCUUGCUUCAGGAGACGUUGGAAGAAUCAGGUGUGACUUCAGCAAUGGAGGUGAGAGCCUCUUACCUCCACAACAUGGUGAAGGUCACCUGCACAGCACUCCACAGGAGACAAGAAGGACACAGCGACCUUCACGCUGACAACAGCUUGACCCUUCAUGUUGUUUACGCUCCAAAAAACACGUCAGUCAGCUACGAGGGUCCCGUGACAGAGGGCAGUUCCGUCACGCUGACCUGCAACACGGACGCCAACCCGGCUGCGGACCGCUACGCCUGGUACCAAGUCAACCGGGCUCAGCCCACCCUGGCGGGAUUCGGGAAACGACUAUACGUCACGGUCACAGAGGACACCAACUCCUUUUACUGCACAGCCCACAACAGAUACGGAUCCCAGAACUCAUCCAGCACGCUGAUAGACGUGCAUUUCCCUCCCAAGGAAACCACGGUCAUCGUGGAACCUGAGGGUGUGAUAGUGGAGGGCGACUCGGUGGUCCUGCUGUGUCAAAGCCGGGCCAAACCUCCCGUGUCCGACUACGUGUGGUCCAAAGACGGCCAAGAGGACAGCGAGAUGGGAGCGGCGUUGUUUGUGGAACGUGCGGAGGCGAGACACGGCGGUGACUAUCGCUGUAAAGCCUCCAACGCGCUGGGAGAGGAAAGCUCAGCCGCCGUCCAUCUGGAUGUCCAAUAUCCACCCCGGAACACCUCGGUGACGGUCCACCCGUCCGGCCCGGUUCCAGACGGCAGCACAGUGACUUUAAGGUGCGCGAUCGUGGCCAAUCCGGCGGAGGUGGAGGUCACGUGGUACAGAGUGGCUGCGGGGCAGCGUGAGGUGAUUGGCCGGGGGUCGGAGAUCUCCUUCAACGUGAGCAAACUGUCAGAGGAUGGCUUUUACUGUCAAGCCGUCAACGUCCACGGGCUUGACGCCUCAGAGCCCGUCUGCGUCAAUGUCACAUUCCGUCCAGAGAUCCUGGCCUCGUCCCGCUGUGAAGGCGUCUCCUCCCAGAGACGAUGCUCCUGCGACAGCCGGGCCAACCCGCUCCCGUUGCUGCAUUGGGAAUUGUCCGGGGCGCCCGUCAAUCGAUCUGCCAUCACAGAGGAGGCCCUCGGGAGCGUGACCGUGCGGAGCGUUGUCACCCUCCUCCUUACGGGCCAGGACCCAGACGAAGACGUGUUGUCGCUUGUCUGCUUCAGCGUCAACCCUCUCGGCUUUGACAGUCUGGCCUUCAACAUGUCCUCCACAGGCAAUGAAAAAGGUCAGUACAAUCUGACGGUUCUGGUCAGCUCCGCUGUGGGAGUUUUGGGGAUGCUCUUCCUCAGUCUGCUGCUGCUCGUGUACACCUGCAGGAAAACCAAAGGCAGCUUUCCACUCAGUGUGGGACAAGCAGACAACGCCUCCCACUACCUGGUGACAAAUGAGAGCAACAGGGCGCACGUGAACGCCAUGUACACCAACCACGCAGUGCCUGUUGAGGAGGACCAGCUUCACUACGCCGACGUCAACUUGGCCAAACUGGAGGCCAAGUCCAUUGCCGAGUCAGAGAUCCGAGGCCUCUCCUCCGUGACGGGCGAGUACGCCGAAAUCCGACUGCGCUCGGCGGGAAGUGACGGGGGCACAGCAGAGGUAGCGGACACUCAUUUAGGGCAGGAGGAGGAUGUUCCAACCCCGCCAGAGUGAACGUGCGAGACAACGGCAUCUCCAGCCGUAGACGCUGUGAACAGGAAAGUCCGCUUCCAGUUCUUCCAUCUUUGCUGUCUUUUUAUUGACACAAAACUAAUAUUUAUCCACUCUAGCAUGAAUGGCGUUUUUUAAUUGGCCUUUGCAACAAAUAGAUUGAGCCUUGUGAGUUCUUCAAACAUGACAUGACCAGGAAAAAGACUUAUGAUCGGCUUUGCUCCUCCUUCUCCAUAAACGACAUUGAAUUGGUGAUGUUCUUUGAUAUUUUUACAGUUGUAAACCACUGAUCUAAAAAAAAGACUGGAUCGAGCAACCUAUUGUUUUCACGCGCCAAAAUUUGAAGCCAGAUUUUUUCGAUCGCCGCCAUCUUGGUGAGACCACCUUACGCGCCACAGCUUUGUGAUUGUGCUGGUAUACGAACGCAGAAUUUGUGAAAAAUCAUCAAAAACAUCAGGAGUGCCAGUGAAGGAAGCGAGGAUGAGGAAACACAACUUAAAAAGCACUUCCCAAGAACCUUCCACUCGUAAGUACUUUUACUUGGCACCUUUUUUUGACCUGAUAUAUGUGCCACUACUUGAACGGCUUUGCUUUGAAAAGUUCUUACUUUGAAAAGUUUUACCAGUGCGUUGCCAUACUGUUGUCUCACAGCAAAGUGGUCUCACCAAGAUGGCCGCCUCAAAUUUCCAUUGGCUUCAAAAAUAAAACAAUAGAAGCUCGAUCCAGUCUUUUUUUUAGAUCAGUGUUGUAAACACAGAGUUUUCCUGACAUGCAUCACAGCAGUCAUUUAUCAUUAGGAUUUUUUACAGGUGCUAUUCAGGAAAAAAAAAAUUGGGAAAUGCAUUGUUUUUAAAGCCAUUUCAAUUAAAAUGACACUAACUUUUAGGCCUGUCACAAUCAUCAGUAAAUGGAAUAAUCAAACGAUAAAUAAAAAGCAAGUCAAUCAUUUUGUCGCAUCAAGAUAUUGACGUGCGUGCGGGGUCGUUUUCCUCUUUCCUCUCUCUUUACCACAGAUGCUGGAUGACAGGAGGGUUCACUCUGCAUCUUUCUGCCGUAGGAUCAUACUGUUUUAUUAACUUGUCAGCUAUUUAUUACUAGUAGAUUAUAGAAAUACUGUUAUCCUCAUUUCUUAACUGAAUGGAUGAGCACUUAUUUAAGUAGGUUAUAGAAAGACAUGAAGAUAAAGUGCAGUCAUGUAAUCAGCAGUCGUGGAUUCAAGAGUUUUAUUGUCAUAUGCACAGUAGAACAGGUAGUUCUGCUAUGCAAUGAAAUUCUUGUUUUGUUCAUUCUCCCAGCAGAAAGAAAGAAAGAAAAACACAAGAAAAUGAAUAAGAACAGAAGAAACAUUAAUAACAAUAAAGACAUUAGCUUUUAAAAAAUGGGGACUUGGAAGAGCCUUCAAAGCACCUUUCAUGUUGCUGUAGACUUGGUACAGGAUGUUGUUUGCCCUCGUGGGAAAGCCUACAUGCUGGUAACAUUCGGGGAGAACAGUCCCGAGGCUCUGUGUCCACAAGACGCCGAAGUCCGAUCUCCCCGGCAAAUGGCAAAUGUCCCCAGCCGGACCGCCGAGUCCGGUAAAUCCUUCGUCCAGCCAGGCCUCCGCGAACACACAGCACUCUCCGAUCUCCCGUAGCUGCAAUCCUUGCUCUCAGCUCGUCCAUCCUGUCUUCGAGAGAGCGGACACUGGCCAGCAGCAGGCUCGGCAGUGGUGGCCCAGUCGCUAGAGCCUUUAGCCUAGCACACAGGCCGCCCCUCCUGCCUCGCCUCCGCCCCGGACGCUCCUGGGCAUUCAGCUUACCAGGCCCGCAGGCUGCUGCGUCCUCCCGACGCAGAAGAAAGCCAGUCCGAGAGGCUGAACGAAAGCUCAUGGUGAACCCCGCCGAUGUUCAAAAGUUGCUGCAAUGUCUAUGCUGCAAUGCAACGCAGCACGUUGAAUGUCCAACAUGAACAACAAAAUAGCAAAAAAAUGGAAAGAAAACGGGAGAGUGAAACAGAGACGUCUGCCACGGAGGGCGCCAUCUUGCUGUGUAUGGUCACAGAAUGGGGCGACUGGGCCAAAGGUAGGACGCACCAUGCUGGACGUGCGUGUGCUACUUUGCGCAGAAAAAGGUGCUGCUGACAGUCCUACCACAUCAGCUAAAACGUAAUUCUCAGCUGUUGUCAUCACACACACAUCACCGAAGAACGCAAGGGAUGAGAUACCUUGGGUGACAGUGGCGCCGAUGGUCUGACAGAUGCAAAAGGCAGAUGCUCUCUUCUUCUGGUCAGGAAUUAUUCUGACUUAUUGUCAAACCAUUGUGUAAACCUUGUCAGUCUUACUCCUUCUCAUUAUUGGAUUUUAACCAACACGUAAGGGGAGGCGAGACCUCGAUUGGGUGGUGGAGAAUGUCAUCUCCAGCACUGCGAGCGUUGCUUCUCUCUUGGAACGAUUGGACAGAGUGAACCUUCCUCUUAGCCAUUGAGCCUCUUUGUCGCAGUCGGUGGAGGCGGGGCCGCCAGUGAGUUGAUACCACUGAACUCUAUACGUGGAAUGACCUCGAUCGAUUGCUGCGCGUUGAUUGACCAUAGAGGCCUGACGCCACCGGAAGUAUAAAAGUCACCACGUUGUUUCACCCAAAACAAAGCCGACUGCGAUUGACGCGUUCUGUGACAUACUGUAUUAAUAAUUUGUUUACCAUUACAGUAACAUCCAUCCAUCCAUGAUUGAGAACAUGCAAACUCCACACAGAAAUGCCCAAGGGAGAAUCGAACCGAGGUCUUCCCAUCUCCAGGCUGUUCCUGUGUUGGCCAACAUGCUAACCAAUAGACCACCGUGCGGCCCCCAUUACAGGAGCACUUUAAUACAAAUAAUUUAUAACACCAAAAAAAUAUUUGGUGUUUAAUACAGGCGUUUCUAAUCGCAGUUUUUUGUCUGUAAUAUUAAAUAGCAGGAAUUAAAGUUAAAUAAAUAGUUUAAAAAAUAGAUACUUUAAAUCUGUAAGCAUCUUUUCAUCUAAGUAGUUGUAAAUGAGCCCUUAUUCUCCUUUAGAUUUCCACACUGCAAUGCUCAACUUCUAAAGCAAUGGGUAGUAAAUAUGCGGAGAGACAGGUGGAUUCCUGCAGCCAGAUCGCAACUCUGUUCAAGUCAUUUCACAGAGGAGAACUUCGACAGGACCGGCCAGACUGUUGGAACUGCAUUUUGUCGUAAUCUAACAAUAUUUGACUUUCCUGAUCAUCUUCUAAAGCAGUGGUCCCCAAACUGCGGCCGGCCUCCACGUUUUGCCCGGUCCCCUGAACAAUACCAGAAAUGCAUGAUUUUUUUUUUCAGUCUGGCCAUGUGAUCGAGACUUGUACAUGCAUAGAACGUAACAUUCUAUUCCACCCUUCCGCAGUCUGUGCAGUCUGAAACCCCUCCCUCAAAACAAAACAAAAUCCUGGACACACCUCUGUUAAUUAAAACGGAGUAAUGGCGGAAAGAGUAGGUAAGAGAAAAGUUGAUUCAGAAUGCACGGUAUUUAACCUGCAGUGGACAAACUAUUUUUUUUUUUGUUCAAUGUAAAGAAAAGGCUGUCUUAUCUGUCAACAUGCAGUGGCUGCAUUCAAAGAAUAUAAUCUGCACCGACACUAUGAAUCCCGGCACAAAGACAAGUAUGCUAGUUUGCAAGGCCAAAUGCGAGCAGACAAACUCAAAGCUAAAAAUGGACUGUUAGCUCAGCAGAAUACAUUUGUACGCCAUGCUCAGCAGAACCAGUCCUCCGUUCGAGCGAGCUUUCGAGUUGCUCAACUGAUAGCAAGCAGCGGUAAACCUUUCACUCAUGGAGAAUUUGUCAAGAAAUGUUUGAAUGCUGUCGCGGCGGAGGUGUGUCCCAAAACGAAAGAUGUCUUUAAUGUCGUAAGACUGUCGGCGACUACAAUCACAAGACACAUUGAAGAAAUCGGGGGCAAUGUAUGCCCAGCUGCAGCAUAAGACGAAAGAAUUUGACUUUUUCUCAUUAGCACUGGAUGAGAACACGGACGUGCAGGACACAGCGCAGCUGCUCAUUUUUAUUCAUGGAGUUAAUAAAAUGGAACCUGACAUUGAACUUCUCACCAGCCAGAUGCAAGCCCACAGUUCACACUGAUUAACAUAUAUAGGUAAGCUUACUUUUCUGACUUGAACGAGCCAUUCUGAGUACAAACAAAUCCGCUCUACAACCAUACUGGUAGUGAAAUGUAUUGUGUUGGUAGGUGUUGUAUCAGUUCGGUUUCUUAGCCUGCUUGCUUUCUGGUUUUAUAGUGAAGUUGAUGAGAGAGCGCUGCAAACAGUGGUGUCUACAAGAAAGGUUUAUGUUCCAUGGCCUUUUUUUCUGUGAAAAACUUGAAAAGGGUUAUUUAUUCCCCCGACAUUCCAAGUGACAAACUGUAGUGAGUUCAUCCUAGACUAGCUUUUGGUGAUGUGUGUGUAAACAAGAUCAAAUGUGAAGUAUGUGUACCUGGAAGUAAAAUCAUGGGAAUAUAUACAUUGAAAUUGUACAUAGGGAGCCGCACGGUGGUCUCGUGGUUACAGUCUGGAGAUGGGAAGACCUGGGUUGGAUUCUCCCUUGGGCAUUUCUGUGUGGAGUUUGCAUGUUCUCCCCGUGUGUGUGGGGGUUUUCUGGGUACUCCGGUGUCCUUCCACAUUCCAAAAACAUGCAUGUUAGUGUCCAUAGAUAUGAAUUUGAGUGUUUGUCUAUAUGUGCCCUGCCAUUGGCUGAACACCAGUCCAGGGUGUACCCCGCCUGUCACCCGAAGUCAGCUGGGAUAGGCUCCAGAAUACCUCCGCGACCCUAAAGAGGAGAAGCAUCAUAGAAAAUGGAUGGAUGUACAUCCAUCUGGAAUCUGGAAUGAACUAAACCAACGAAAGUGAGGAUGUGAUGUGGGUUUAUGCACGUGUGAGAUGAGCGUGUUUGUGAGUGGGGGUGAUGUCCAUAUCAAUAGUAGAGUAUGAUGUGUAUGAAAGUGUGCGUGUGUGUUUGGACUUUGAGGGUGUGUGAUGUCACUGUAGAGAGAUGCUGAUGAAGAAGACAGCUGGCAGACAAGAGGAUAUGUGAGAUUAUGAGAAGGGGAGGAAGGGGAAAGCAUGAGACACAGGGAGGAAGGGGAGAAGAAGAAAGGGGGAAAAAAAGGAAAGGAACUGUGCAUACGGUGGGGGGAUUAUGGGGAGUAAAGUGGGAGCAGACAGUGACAUUGCAAAGGCUACAAGUGUGCGUGCUGCAGAAUAGAAAAUGUUACCUGGUUAAGAUAGAUGAUCAGUUAGCAUAUUAGGAUGAUGAAUACAGCCAUAGCGUGACUUCCCGGUCGUGGUAUAGUUGUCCAUUGACGAAGAGUUUAUCCACCGUGAUGACAACUUGGCACCCCUUGCCAAUGAACUUCCUCCGAACAGGGAACAGGGAACAGGCGACGGCGUCUGUCGAGGAUUUCUCAGGGAAAUUGAUCGUUGACGCUGAAGCCUUCAGCUCCCGCACUCGGCUCUUCACCUGUUCCUUCUGCUUAAAAUGUUCGAAUUUUGCCACGAUGGGUCUCAGCCUUCGGCUCUCUGGCUUCUUGGCUCCCAGGCGGUGGACGCGGUGUAAAGUGAUGUUUUGGAUGAUGUCCGCUGGGAGUUUGAGCUGUCACGCCAUGAAAGCCCUCACAGAUUCUUCAGGGUCUUCCUCAGAUUUUUCCAGAAUUCCCGCAAAGACAAGAUUGUCUCGCAUGCUCCGGGCCUGGAGGUCUAGGAUCGUCUCUUUCAUGGUUUUAUUCUCUUGGACAAGUUGUGAAACUCUUGUCGGUGAGGGACUUCACCGACUCGCGCAGGGCUGCGUUCUCCGUGACCAUUGCGGCCUGCUAGCCACAUUAGCAAUGUUCACGGAACACGUUUUUCAAGAUAUUUUCAAGAUGGCGCCGGUGUGUCUGGCUCGCCGCUUCCUUCAGUUUACUGUGAUCGGUUUUGUUAUUUUUGCAUUUGUUACGAGGACCAUCGACUCUGUUGGUGUAUGACCGUCAGGAACUAUUUGAAAUCCUAGACACUGUAGCCGCUGGUGCGAGACAAGAGCAAUGGGGGCCAAAUAAACUGCGUCCGUCGUACCUGUCUGACGUACCAGACUUUCAGCUUCGGGCGGAGCCGUCGCUUCCCAGGAAACGUAGACGCCGGGGCGCACGAGGUAGAAGACUGGUGAAGCUCAAAACUUGGCUGGCGCUUUCUCCCGAGGCGGCAAGGCUCCCACGUAAUGUUCCGAGGGACUUUGAGGAUUGUUUUCGCCGCUUCAUCUCUCAGCGUUUUCUCACCUCCGUUGGGGCCUGGCUGGUGCCCAUCGUUGGGCGGCGCGACGAACACUGUGCGCUGCGCCCUCGCCGCUCUCCUGUUGCUUCUGGCGGCGUGAACCCCGGCAACCUCCGGCCGCUGAACCGGGCAGCUUCAGCGGCUUCAGCGGCUCUUCGGGUUUCAACGAAGUGUGCACUGGUGAAUGCGAGGUCAGUUUCAAAUAAGACUUUUAUCCUCCAGGACCUCUUUAAGGCGCAUUCUUUGGAUUUAUUAUUCGUCACUGAGACCUGGAUAUUCAUGCCGGUGAGUCCGCUUCCUUCUCUGAGCUGUUGCCUCCCGAUUGUACCUUCAUUAACACGCCAAGAACUGCCGGCCGUGGAGGAGGCAUCGCUACUAUUUUAAAAACGUCCUUACACCAUAAGCCAUUGUCCAUGGUGUCUUUCUCCUCAUUUGAGUUGAGCUGCUUCGAACUGCGACAGUCUCGCUGUUGUGCGCGGUCAUUUACAGACCACCCAAACACAACAACGACUUUAUCCGGGAUUUUUCUGACUUUAUCGCUGCAAUGUUGGUAAAGUUUGACAGAAUGUUAAUUGUGGGUGGUUUUAAUAUUCAUGUCUGCUGCCCUUCUACGCCUAUGGCAAAAGACUUUUUAGAGUUGGUGGAGGCUUUUAAUUUAGUACAAAAUGUUACAGGAGCUACACAUAUAUACGGACACACUUUGGACCUUGUAUUGUCUCAUGGACUGGCUGUUGAUAAUGUCUCUGUAGGGGAUGCAGUGUUCUCUGAUCACAGUCCGGUCAUGUUUGACUUUGAUUUGCACUGCAGUGCCACCCUGCCUGCUCCUGCUCGCCUUGGCCGUUUCAUCAAGCCUGACACGGCCUCUGCCUUUGCCUCUCUGUUCGCCACUGCAUCUCGGGUUGCAAUGGCUCCAGACGCUGCUCUUGACGCUGAGCAACUGAUGGACUGCUUUAUUUCUACUUGUACUGAUGUACUGGACAAAAGCCAUGCGCCCUAAAACUAAGCAGGAAGUGUGGCUCAACGAUGUCACACGUGAAGCACGCCGCGAAUGCCGAAAAGCCGAACACAGGUGGAAGAAAGAUGGUUUGCAAGGCUCCUUCGAAACCCUCAAAGCCAGUUGGAGGUGUUAUCAAAACAUAGUGAAGGCUGAGAAAACAAAAUACCUCUCAGAUGUGAUAUCAAAAAUAUGAACAACCCACGUGUUCUUUUUAAAACUAUUGACUCUGUUUUAAACCCCAGUCCAUCCACGACACUGGAAGUCUCAUCUGACAGUGUGUGGGUGUCGGGGGGACUGCCCUUGAUUGGUUUAGGUCUUACUUGUCAGGGAGAUGCCUUACUGUGGGACUUGGUGACUCCACCUCAUCUACUGCCCCCCUUGAAUGUGGAGUCCCCCAGGGAUCAAUCCUGGGGCCCAUCCUAUUUGUUCUGUACCUAAUCCCACUUAGCACAAUUUUUAGAAAGCAUGGCAUCUCCUAUCACUUUUAUGCAGAUGACUGCCAGAUCUAUUUACCAAUUACAAGAACUGAUCAUGCCCCCCUGACUCCCCUUCUUGAGUGCUUUAGUGACGUCAAGGUCUGGUUGGCUCAAAAUUUUUUAAAGCUCAAUGAGGGGAAGACAGAAGUUAUCAUCCUUAAUAAUAAUGACCCCCACUUGGACUUGGGUCCCAUGAAAAACCAUGUCAGUCCCACAGCCACCAGCCUUGGCGUCAUCAUUGAUAGUGAUUUUAAACUUAAUAAACAAAUCAAUGCCGUUGUAAAAUCUUGUUUUUAUCAUCUUCGGCUUUUAUCCAAAGUCAAAUCAUUUUUGUCGUUGCAACAUUUCGAACAAGCCAUGCACGCUUUUAUCUCGUCACGUCUGGACUACUGUAAUGCCCUUUACUCUGGAAUAAGCCAUAAAUUACUCUCUCGCUUACAGUUAGUCCAGAACUCUGCAGCACGGCUUUUAACAGCAACCAAAAAGAGGGAGCAUAUUACCUCAAUUUUAGCUUCCCUGCACUGGUUGCCUGUGCGUUUUAGAAUUUAUUUUAAGAUUUUAUUGUUUGUUUUUAAGGCUUUGAAUGGGCUGGCCCCUCAGUACAUCUCGGACCUCAUCCAAAUUUACACUCCGGCGCGCACUUUGAGGUCCGAAGGCCAGCUCCAACUGGUGGUGCCUAAGACCAGACUUAAGACCAGGGGAGACCGGGCCUUUUCUGUUGUCGGCCCAAAGCUGUGGAACACUCUCCCCCCUCAUGUAAAAACGGCCCCCACAAGUGAAAGCUUUAAGUCUCGUCUUAAAACCCACUUUUAUUCUGUGGCUUUUAACUCUGCGUGAGUCGUGUGGUCCUCUGUGUCUUUUAUUAUUUUUAAAGUUUUUAUUGGUUCUAUUUAUUUUAGUUUUUUAAAUUAAAUUUACUUAUUUUUGACCUA